ACCUUGAUUAACCGAAGAAAUCAAAGUUAAAUUACCUAAAAUAAUGGAAGGGAAGCACUCUGUUUGGUGGUCUGUUAGUUAUUGCUGUUAGGGGUCGUCCAUUUUUACCAUCAUUUUCAUAGGUCCACAAACCGUGCAUGGAAUCGGUUCAUGCUCUGCGUUUUUCUGAAAAUACGAACUGAAGGAGAUUUGCGGAAAGCUCAAGCAACUGUAAUGGACAAACAGCAAACGAAGGAAGUAGAUAAAUGGACUUCAAGAGGGGUGUGGUAGCUGCUCACAAAAACUUCCUACAUACUAAUUACAUUUAGCUAUAGACAUCGAAAUAAACCUUUCCUUAUUUAAGAAAGGGUACCCCUGUGGUUGAGCUGGGAGGGGGCUCUCUAUUUACCCGUCACUUAAUGGCAACCUAGCGGGGGAGGGGGCACUCGUUUACAUUUAGAAUAGAGUUCCUCAGGCUGCGACACAAAACAUCACUUCAAAUAAAUAAUUUCUGGCAUAAAAAUUGACCCAAAAAACUUUGUCUUGCCUUUGCCCAUAAAUUGCAAAGUACACUGUAUUUAUUAUAUAUGCAGUCUUACAAUGUACAUUUUGAAGGUUCAUUUUAGGAUUGUGGUCAAAUUUUUCAAAGUUUCCUGUCAGUCAUCUGUCUAAGGGCCCUAUAAUAUUGACCUAGUUGGCUUUGUGAGUGCUACUAAUGUCGUUCUCAAUAGUCUUGUGGUUAUGAAGUCUACAUCGUGAAUCGGUGGCCAAUGUUUCAUUUGUAAAUCAUGUUUUUCUCAUAUUCAAGAUUAAAAGAAUAAGUCGGAAUUUAAUGACCCCCAAAAAGUAACUGUCCAAUUGACUGAGCCAAUAAUAAGUUUUGUCAAACUUUAGACCCAUAAAAGUAACUCUUGGAUAGCAACCAAACUUUGCAUGGUGUGCUGUGUAUAGAGUCACGAAAAAGAAUCUCCCCGUGAAACCGAUGGCACGACAGAAGGAAAUUUAGGCCCCGUUUACACGGGAACGGAUCCGCAUAGAUCCGUGCCCAAACUGGCUACGAUAGGCCUUGCGUUUACACGGGCACGGCUGGAUCCGUAUCUUUUCUGGGAGAGAUCCGUACCUUUUUGGAUACGAUUCGAAAGCGAAUCCAUUUGGAUCCGUACCUUCAUCGGCGCCGUGUAAACAGGAAGAUACGGAUCCGCAAAGGCACGGCAGUAAAACGAGACUGUUGCUGGGGUCAGUGGAGGCCAUUUCAAUUGUACGCAGCACUCAUCAUACAACAAAAAAAUUACUCUCCCACCCCCGCUCUUUCUUUCACAGUCGAAAGCCUUUCUGAACCCUGUCUUCAUCAUGGUUUAAUUUUUUUCACCUUUUCUUUUGUUAUUUUUUUUUAUCCUGGGUAUUUGGAAAGUUCUCUGUUGUUAUUUCUAGAUAGGCCUCGAUAAAUUGAAGGAGAAUGUCUUCGUAUUUCGACCUAACAGUCUCUAAGUUUUUUCAUUUUGCAUUUUACCUUGUCAUUGCGCAUGCUUAAAAAAAGCGAUUCGAUUUUGGUCCGUUCCCGUGUAAACGCUUUAUAGUUUAGGAUCCGAUCUCGUGUAAACGCUUGUGGAUCGUACCCAUAUCGUACCUAAAAGGUCCGGAUCUUUUGGAUCCGUUCCUUUUUCUCUCGUGUAAACGGGGCCUUAUUGGUUUACCUAAUGUUGUUUGAAAACAUUGAACUUUUGAAGAGACUUUAGAGGGGGCUUUCACCAUUUCAUUGUAAUUAUAGUGACACUUUGAUUCCCAGGGGGAGUUCUCAUAUAUAUAUAUGUCGGGUGCUCAGGCUGGGGGUACGAACCAUCAGCCCAAAAAAUAAUUUUUAGCCUAGAAAUUGACCCAAAAAAAUUUUUCUUGUCUUGCACAAUAAAAAAAAGCAAAGAAGCACUGCUCCAUAUCGUGACCUUGAGAUCACAUGCACAACACAAAAGCAAGUAUAGUAUAUUUAUCAAAGAUACACAAUUGACAUCAUCCUGUAGUUUCACUUUUGUAUUUUGGCUAAAAACCUUUCGAAUGUUCCAGUCAGUCUGCUGUCUAGGGCUGCUAAUUAGGGCCAUGUUUAUGUCGUUAUGUGUUGAGUUUUAUGAGAAUUCCUUUUAUCAUUCUGAAUUCUCUUAUGAUAAUGAAGUUUUCAUUUGCAAUCAAUGAAAAAUAAAUCAUGUUUAGUGCAGUUACAAAGAAAAUUGCUAAUUGCUGUGGGUCUCUAUCCGGGCAAAGAAAUGGAAGAGAGGCAGCAACUGAAUAACAGGAACCUGUUCAAAAUGGUCAGGAAAUGAUUUUCUGUUUCAUGUGGGCUGGUGGAAGCAAUGGGUGGAUUAUUUUCUAGGAAGGAACAGCCCAAGAAGGCUAACAGGAUAACCGAACAGGAUAAAGCAAUACUGUCACUCAAAAAUCAAAGAGACAAAUUGAAACAAUUCCAGAAAAAGGUAAGUUUGAACUUUAUUUUAAAAACCUUUCUCUUAACAUCCAUUGCCUUUUUUUAUUUGCCAUUUCAAAAGACACUGUCUGCAUAUUUUCAAAGAUUGCAAACAACUUGUAAAAUAAAGAUUACUAAAAGGGAUUUUUUGUUUUUUACCGAUGAAAAUCAAAGCUCUGUCUCUCCUGGUGCAAGCUUUCCCUAACUAUAUAAACCUCUUAACUGUAACCUCUGGGAUGCUGUGAAUCUUCAAUGCCUGGAAGUAGCUCUUGGAUCAGAGGCGGGCAACCAUCUUGGGGACUGGGCAAGAUCCUUCAAACCUUUUUUAGGUGGGACAAAGGCAAUAAGAAGAAUGAAAUCGAUAGUUGUAAUAAAACGAUAAUGAUAGUUAUGAAAACUUUCAUUUUAACUCAGCUACACUAAAAGUACAAACUUCUCUUUUACAAAGAUAGUUGCAAUGAUAGAAAUAACUGUUACAGUCGUUAGCUCAAAAGGGAAAACUGAAAUAACCAACCAAAAUUAAAAAGGAUGUGAUUCAGGGUUUGAAGAAUCAUCCACCAAUCAUGGUUUAGCAUCAACCUUUUAGCUUAGACCAUUAAUUUUUAUACACGUAUGAACCAAAUUUACCAAUAUAGAAAGUAUGCAUGAGUUUUAGAAUCUUUACAGUCUCUUUAAGAAAAUCAUAAAGCACUCCAGCUUUCCAGUGGAAAGGAAAAAAAUUAGGACUUCAGCACUGCUCUGAGGUGCGGUUUUUGGUAAUAAGAGACUGUCAAAUCUCGAAGACUGAUGCAUACCUUCAUAAUUGGAAAAUUUGGUGUUUACGUAUGUCAAAGUGAAUGGUCUGAGCUGAAAAACAGAUGCUUAAUGUUGACACUAUCUCCCAUAUGCAUUGCCACUGUCCCACAUGCAUUGCCAUGGACAGCCUAGUUGUUGGCCCUGGGUCAGCAUUGGGUCCUCAUUCAGCCUUACUGACCAGCCCUAAUUUUGGGUGAAACCGGUCUACAGCCGACUAUUUGAUGUUUUAGUGGUUUUCUACACUUCACAUUAUUUAAUAUAGGCCCCUGGGGCACUGGCAACUGAGACAUGACAAAAUAGGGACAACCCUGAUCCCUGGUCAAGUCUGCCCAAUGCAAUUGUCCUUGCUGCAUUUGUCAACUUUCACCCAGUCCCUCAAUGAUUCUGCUGUCCUUUCUUUAAGCAGGAUGAAUUCUUGAUUACAGAUAGUAAACUAAUCUUUCCAUGAUUCCCAAAUUUGAUGAAGACAUUAGAUAAUCUAAUUUUGAAUCGAUAUGUUUAAUUCAUUAUUUGCAACCCCUCGAAAAUCAUCCUUGCUAUUCAAAAAAAUUAUAAGAUGAUAUAUUUAAUCUCGUGUAAUUAUUAGAUUCUGGCCGCGGGCCGUAGGUUGCCCACCCCUGUCUUGGGUAAUGUUCCUACAAAAUAACCUCUCAAACAGAAUCAAGGAACUGUUAUCAUUAUGUCAUCAUCCUCCUCAUCAUAAUUGAUUUGCUUGAAGUUCAUUUACUUAACUUUUUAGGCCAGUCAUUAUAUGAAGUGCCAGUCCUUUUCGUUUAGCGCGUGCGAUAGCACCCGCACACGCCUGCGCAUGCCCAAGUUAAAUUGCGUUUGCUUUUCAUCACAAGUGCAAACAGGUGUUUUUGCAGUUUUCUAUUAAUAUUAAUUUCCCAUGGUCUCAUGAUUGUUUAUCCUUUUCCCUCGUUACUUGAUUAGCACUUUUGACCACAAUAUGAUUUUUCCAACUUUUGGAAGUGAUGUUUGGCUUUUGACUGAAUGCUCCUUUCAACUUAGCGUCUUGUCUUUCAGCUAAGCCGCCAUUAGCAUGUUAAGUGUAAUAACUGAUUUCCUGUCAAAACGUAAUUGUGCUCUGAAAGCAAGUAGCUGUUGAAAAUAAUUUUUAUUUGCUCUUGUAACUUUGGAGAGUGACAACGACUUUUGAAAGAUGGCUGCUAUGGGCAACAAAAUCUGUUAUGCAUUGAUUGAAUUGAGUUUUGCUUUUGCAUGUAUUCCUUUCUUGCUCCUUUUACCAAUUUUAUCAAGUUGGCACUUCAAAUUUUCUUACAAGUGCGAUCGCACAUGCAAAUUUGUUUACAUGUGCGAUUUGCCACACACACAUAAUUUUGCUCACGAAAAGAACUGGAAGUGCAUCCCAGUAAAUCAUUAAAAGUUUGUUGCUCUUAUGAGAUUUUUUUUCUGCAGAAACCUUAUACAUUGCCCCCCCCCCCAAUCUUACCACCCUACCUACACUCAGGGGCGGAUCCAGCGUCUGCGUUUGGGGAGGGCCAUUUAUGAAAGAAGAGGAGGCCUGCGAAAAUUUCACAGACACGCCCUUCAAAGUCUCACCGAACGCGGGAAACGCCCCUUUCUAUCAAAAAAUUUCAUAAGAAGGUACACUCUCAGAACACUGAAAAUUAAGAAACUUCAUUGCUGCGAGAAACUUCCAAGCGAAGUAAAGGCUAAAAUACAUGAUGAAAAAUUGAUGAACUUUGGCUAAUCGUGUAAACACGCGCUUCUUUAGUUAAACGGAUGAAAAACGGAUAUAGAAAUAACUUUGGGGAAAACUGACAUAAAAAACUGAUCGUGUAUUUCAGCCUUUACAAAUAUUCAUAUUGAAUAUUUGGUCAGCAGCUUUCGCGCUUGACUUGGGAGGGGAACUAUGACGCAUCAGAGUUCGUGAAUGACAUUAUAAUUCCUGUGUUCAAGAAGCCGGCAUAAGACACGUACCCUUAAGAUGAAAAAAAGAUUUAGAAAAUGAGCAAAAGUCCCCACGUAUUUGGUGCGUUUAAUUUGAAUGGUAAAUUUUCAAAAUGGGUAGUCACCAAAAAUUCAUCGCAGCAUAACAGGCAAAGCUGAGUAGUUAUAGGUACUGUUUUGCUUUUGUUGGAAAUAGUGACGCUUUUUGGGUAUCACAAUCGCAAUAACACGAUGAACAAUGUUUGAACUGUAACCCAUUUUAGCCAUAACUUUCUCAACCAUUAACGUUUGCAGACGUCAUUCAUUCAUGAUCGCAGUCAUGAUUUGUGUUAAACCAUAGUCCAUAUGAGCCGCGAGAUCCGGUCACAUCUAAUUUUGCAUUGAACUAUUGUUUUAGGCUUAUCAUAAUUCUUGUGUUACACAUCCACUUGCAACUUAUUGCCUCACUGAAAGCGAGAGAAUAAAGCCGACUGGAGGUUUGAUUAAAAUGUCUGGUCCGCCAAAGAAAUCAAGAACUCUUGAAUCAUUCUUCUCAAAAAGUAGCCGCACCAGUUCAGUUGGAGAUAACCCUGAAAUCUCUAAAACAUGUGAAACUACCACUUGCCAAGAAUUUGAAUCAAAAUCUACUGGUGAAGAAUUCGACACACAAAGCCAAGUUGCGGUAGUCCAGGAUUGUCCUGAAGAGGAAACACACCCAGACCUCUGUUGUAUGGCGACACAAGUAAAUGUUGCAAUAUCUGAUAGAUAUGACAUUGGUAGAGCUAUAAUGAAAACAAAACGAGGAGAACAGCUGACAGAUAACGAAAGGGAAGCAUAUUUAUCGAAGAGGUGGGUGCCGCAGAGAAGGGAUGAAUAUCCAUUUUCUGAAAAGAAAAAACCAAAGAAUCAGCUCAUGGUUGGUAUGUCCUCGACAACGAAGCGUUUUCUGGGUGAAAAUCACUUGAAAACCUUCCCCUGGCUAGCUGUCAGCAGAGAGCCAAAAUGUUGCGGUGCUUGGUGUGUUUAUUGCGUUUUAUUCAAGACGUGCGAGAGUGGAGGUGGAAGAGGUGCACAAUACGGAGGUGGAGCAGGCCAGUCAAUGGGCAAACUUGUUAACAAGCCUCUUGUAAACUUUUCAGACUUGACAGGGAAAAAUGGAGCCCUCACAAGUCACCAAGAAACAUCUUUUCAUAAGACAUGUGCCAUAAAGUACACGGAGUUCUUGAGCCGUGCAACACCUGGGAGUGAGAAGGACGUUCGAUCAAUAAUGAACAUUGAAAGGCAGAAAGAGAUUGAAAGAAACAGGACUGCGCUGGUUCCCAUCAUCGACACCCUUCUAACAUGCGCCAGGCAAAAUAUUGCGCUUAGAGGCCAUCGUGAUGAUGGACCAGUAGAUUCAACUGGGAUGGAACCCAAGCACAAUGAUGGAAACUUCAGGGCAUUGCUGCGAUUGAGAGUACGGGGAGGAGAUACAAACUUGAAAGAUCACUUGAAAUCUUGCAAACGCAAUGCUUCUUUGGUAAGCAAAACGAUACAAAACGAGCUAAUUGCCUGUGCAGGAAAUAUUGUCAAAGAGGACAUAGUAAGAGAUGUAAAAAAUGCAAAAUUCUGGACAAUAAUGGCCGACGAAACCCAAGAUUGUGCGAAACGAGAACAGUUGGUCAUUCGCAAUUCGUUCGUUGACACAAAAAAUGUCGCUCAAAAAUUAUCAAAGAAGAAACCGGUUCGCAAUUGUUAG